ACCCGGGAGUCUCAUUUGCCUUCACAAAUCCAUCCGUCUCGAACCCUAGCGAUCCCCUACCCUGUAGUGCAGAUUUCUCUCCUCGAAAUCAAUGGCUACAGAGACGAAGCCUUCGGCCGGCGAGGACACCAAGGUAGACCUCUUCGAGGACGACGACGAGUUUGAGGAGUUCGAGAUCGGUGAAGAGUGGGAUGACAAGGAAGAAGGAAAGGAUGCCCUGCAGCAGUGGGAAGAUGAUUGGGAUGAUGAUGAUGUCAAUGAUGAUUUCUCUCGUCAGUUAAGGAAAGAAUUGGAGAGCAACUCAGAGAAGAAGUGAAUAACCCCUCACUCUCCUUCCAUGGAGGGAGCUAAGAUAGCAAAGGUAGAUCAAUCUUAGUACUUUCACUAUAGGUUGCUUCUUCAUAUUGUUCCCUUUUAUAAGUUGCAGCAAACUGCUAUUGGAGGUUUGUGUUUUGUCCGAAUGUCUUUUUACCUUGAGAACCGCAUUCUAGUUUUAGCUGCUUUCUCCUUGGCUUUUAAGAAGUUGUAUAAACUAUUUGGGACAACUGCAGCGUUUUAUAAUGCAACAAUAUUAUUAUCAUAUAAUA